AUGUUCGGCAACACAGGAAACCACGUCUGUGGCCUCUACUACACCACUCACAACUUCAAACGGACAUACUUGCCGCAAGUCGAGCUGGUUUCGGAUACACUCAUCAACCCCGUCUGCUUUACCACCAAUCUGACCCAGACUUUCCGGAAUCCGAACAACGAGGCUCUUCUGCAAGUCCGAUACACCUUCCCGCUCUACGACGGCGUCGCGGUCAGCGGCUAUACUAUCAGCUAUGCCGACAAGAGCUUAACCGGCAUUGUCAAGCAGAAGGAUGACGCCAAGCAGAGGUAUCAGGCAGCUGUCGACCGAGGGGAGACUGCAGGAUUGCUCGAGUCGCUGCCUGCUGGCGUCUUUGGCGUCACGCUCGGCAACGUGCCCGCCAACGUCGACAUCAUCGUGGCAAUUACGUACUGCGGCGAGCUGAAGCAUGAUGCUGCCAUCGAUGGCUUGAGGUAUAUGCUGCCUAUCAGCAUAGCCCCAAGGAAGUAUCCUGGAGAGAUCGCGCAGUCAAAUACAAUCCCAAAGAAGGGCACCACGAUCAAAGUCAGCAUGGACAUGGCAAGCUCUGCUAUCCGCAAGGUUCAGUCGCCAUCGCAUCCGAUCGCGGUCUCGAUGGGAAGUAUUCUGGACCAAGAUGGCGAGCCGUCGACAAGCGGCGAGUUCAAGCCAUCGCAAGCAGCUGCCACACUCGCACUGGGAACCACUGAGCUCGGCGGCGACUUUAUUCUUCAGCUGCUUAUCGACGACAUCAGCAAGCCUCAAGCCAUCGUCGAGACUCACCCAACCAUGCCAAACCAGCGAGCUAUCAUGGCCACUCUGGUUCCCAAGUUCACCCUGGAACCAGCACACCCGGAGAUCGUCUUCAUUGCGGACCAAUCCGGAAGCAUGAGCGGCGCAAAGAACGCAUCACUCGUCUCAGCACUAAAGGUCUUCCUGAAGUCCCUACCACUGGGUGUCCGCUUCAACAUCUGCGCUUUCGGCAGCAACUUCAAGUUCCUGUGGCCGAAAUCUCAAGCGUACAACGAGAGCAACGUGAACGCCGCAGUUGCUUUCAUCGAUGGCUUUACAGCCAGCUAUGGAGGUACGGAGAUCUUGAAGCCUAUCACUGCUGCAUUCGAGCAGAGGCUGAAGGAUAUGCCAUUGGAGGUGAUGUUGCUGACGGACGGUGAAGUCUGGGCAGAAGAAUCAGUGUUUGGCUACAUCAACGGCCAGAUCCGCGACGAAGCUGUCAAUGCGAGGGUCUUUGCGCUUGGUAUUGGGACCGAUGUUUCUCAUACUUUGGUGGAGGGUGUCGCCAGGGCUGGGAAUGGGUUUGCGCAGUUUGUGACGCAGAACGAGGACACGGAUCAGAAGGUCAUUCGCAUGUUGAAGGGGGCGCUGUACGCUCAUACCAAGGACUAUGAGUUGGAGGUGCAUUACGCUGCAAACGAGAAGGAGGACAUGACGGAUGACGAUGACUUCGAGAUGGUGGAGAGGGUUAGUGAGUGUUUGAACAUCACCGACAAACCAGCAGCAAGUCCAGAGGCGACGGAGAUGCCGCCAAAGUCAUUCUUCGACACAUCCGCGCAGCUUGACAAGAGUCCUCAGAAACCAGUCGACCGCUACGCCCACCUCCCGGCCAUCGACACACCCAAGCUUCUCCAAGCGCCCAACGAGAUCCCGCCACUAUUCCCCUUCAACCGCACAACAGUCUACCUCCUCUUGGGCCCAGAACCAGCGCAGAAACCCAUCACGUCAGUCACCCUCCGCGCUCAAUCAGCGCAAGGACCUCUAUCCCUCACCCUCCCCGUUCACGCAAGUGACAACGACAACGACGGCUCGAUCCAUCACCUCGCCGCUCGCAAAGCUAUUCAAGACCUUGAAGAAGGUCGUGGCUGGAUCCAAGCCUCGAAGCUCACAGACGGAACGCCGGUCAAGACGAAGUACGAGAGCCGCUUUGACGAGCUCGUGGAGAGAGAGGUUGUGAGGUUGGGAGUGAAGUUUCGGGUGGCGAGUAAGUGGACUUCGUUUGUCGCUACCGAGGAGAGAUCUGCGGGGACGGGUGAAGAAGGAGAGGAGAAAGAGCCGCAAGAGGCUUUCAAGAUGUUUGCUCCAGAGGCGAAGAGAAUGAAGAAGCAGAAGAGGAGCAGGGUGGGGCAUAGUCGGCCGAAGGUUUUGGCUUUGGCAGACGAAGAUGACCCGGCUGUUGCGCAAAGGUAUGUUGUCCCCUUUCCUGCCGAAGUUGCUGCGUGUGCUGGUGAUGCUGCUGCUGCUCCCUCUUCUGGACUGUUUGGAGACCGGAGAGACUUUUCGACGGGACUCAGGAGCUCGACAAACACUGGGACUGGACUUUUCGAAGGAUCACAUGGACAACAGGCUAGCUCAGGUGGAUUGUUUGGGCGGUCUGAACAUGCUGCUGCUGCUGGCGGCUUCGGUCGUGCUCCUAUACAGACUGCUUCGAACAAUCAAUCUGCGUUUGGCAGCACAGGCGACACGGGAGGCGGCCUUCUCGGCAGUGCGCCUGUGAAACCGCAGGCCAGCAGCUUGUUCAGGGGUGCAACCACUUCGGGUGGUUCGCUGUUCGGUGGAAGCCAGAACACUCAAGGCAUUACAGGCGGUGGCCUCUUCGGUGGAGCAUCUGUGCAAGGUCAAAGCGGCGGCUUGUUUGGACGUCCUCCCUCCAGCGGUCCCUCGCUAUUCGGGCAUGCUGCGAACAGACAGCAGUGCGACAGCUGCCGGCUGUUUGGCAGCAAUCAGAACACGACUGGUGGCAGCCUCUUCUGCGCCAGCAAACAGAACACAACUGGAAGUGGACUCUUCGGCACAUGUAACGAGAGCACGACUGGUGGUGGCCUCUUUGGCUGUAGUACGAGGUACGGCUUCACGCCCAAGGACAUUGCAGCAAAUACCAACGCUCAAGGCAAUUCGUUCGGCAGCUUGCGGACAACCAGUGCCUUCGGUGCUCCCACGAACCCAUUCGGACCAGGAGGCUUGUUCGCAGGCGAUGGCCUGUUUGGCCAGAAUGGAGCACCGCAGCCUUGUGCUGAUUCGAACAACGCACCUCGUACCUCGAAAAUCGCAACACAGACGUCUGUUAGCGGUACGACAGGGCCGUCACUUGACGUCAAAGCAGUGCCAUGCUUUGGCGCUAGUACGACCUCUCAGGCGUCAAACGGUGCUACAACUGCGACUACACCCGGCCACGAUCCCCACGACCCAGUCUCGAGCCAGGUUAGAAAUGCUGCCAAAGCCCCACGAUCUUCCUCUGAUCUGAAAACUGAAAAGAACCCACCACGAGCCCAAGAGGACAACACAGCUUCAGAAAAGAUGACAUUCCAACCACUACCUCCGAAGAUACCGGAUCCCAAAGGUCAAGCGCAAAGCGCGCCGAUGCACAAUGAGGACACUGAAGAGGACAGCCGCGAUGAAGAGCAGGAAUAUCACUUCGAUCUUGGUCUCCUCCAACAGUACACAGCUUUCUGCGACGAGGCUUUGCAUACGGAGUUCCAUGACACCCAAGAAAGCCCUUCACAAAUAGUACAGCGCCCAACGCGUCACAUCUUGCUUCUCCAACAGCAGAGAAUGAAACUUGUCUCCCUCAUCGAAGAAGCGACCGAGAUCCAAGAAUACCUUGAGGAGAAGGUAGCGAGAUUGGCGUGCCGGAUCGAUGUGCCUGGGCCUUUGGGAAAGGACAACGAACUGCAAAGCAGACUCCUGGACGCUCAGACGAGAAUAAGAAUACUUGUGGCUCGCAAUCAUCUAGACGACAGGUUCGAGCGUCCCGAGCUAACACCGUUGAGCCAAUACGGGACGGCACCGCCAUGUCCGUGUGAUUAUCGUGGUUACGUUCCACGAAAGCCGGGAGAUUCCACUCCGAACGUGUCACCACAUCCCGGCAUGGUGCGGUUCACCGCGGAGGACAAAGCAAAGAUGGACGACGAACGGCUGGCGGCGUGGAAACCCCAAAAGUGGGACUACCCGGAUCAGACAGCUCGAUUUGAUGUCGGGCCUCUCACGCCGUUGACAGACUUCCAGAAGCAGCCCAAGGAUGCUGCCGAGUGGCGACGUCUGCUGAAAGCUCAAGCCGCUGUUGAGGCCCUCAAGGCCAGGUAUGAGCACAUGUACCAGAUCCAUGAGGAACAAGAAGCAAAAGAAUCUUCACCUACCUCAGCGCAAGAUGUGCAAUCACAGCCAGAAGGGAAAGGAGUCAGCAGCCAGGAUCUGCGAAAGCUUGAAGACCAGAUCGAGGACGCCGAGGAUGAGUCCGAGCAGGAGCGAGCGAAAGCAUCGGACGGCAUCAAGAAUCUGCUGGAGCAUCAGGACAGAUGUAACAACCUCGCAGCUAAGCAUCGGGAGACGCUGCGCAAGGCCAGGGGGUUGCCCCGUACUCAACCCGAAGCGGCGUACCCCUCUGCACCUCCACCAGCGAGCCGCAGUGCAGGCCAGUUAUUUGGCUCCGCCCCUCCCCCUCCUGCUCCCGCCGGUGCCGCUACUUCCAUCGCGGCAUUCGAAGCAGCAAACGUGGAGGCUGAGGAAUCAGACGACGACGACGACAUGGGCUACGGCCUCUUCGACGGCCCGAACACUCCACCGGCGAAACCCUCCUUCGCAGCGGCUUCGUCGCUGGAAGAGAUUUCGGUGGACGAUGUCCAGCUGGCGCAGUAUGCGGAGACUAUGAAGUCGGCUGCGGAGAUGCCGCUCGCGGACGAGGAAGACUUCUCCGACAUGGAAGUGGUGCCCUCGCAGCAACAUAAAAUCCUCAAGUUCGCCGGCGGUUUUUCGGGACAUGACGCAGAUAUGGACAAAGAUCUCUACAGCUCCGACGGUGGCGACGCCACCGCCGCCGCAGGCCAGGAAACGGUUGAUGUAGAGAAAACGCUCCACGCCCUCAUCGCCCUCCAAACCUUUUCUGGCGCCUGGGCGUGGAACGAGAACUUCUGCCGCGUCCUCAACGUCGAUGCCGAGAAAGUUCCGGUAACAGACAUGCUCGGCCUCGGCUUCUGGGGCAAAGAGAACGGAAAAGACGUCUGCGCUACCGCCUUAGCGCUCGCGUGGCUUCAGGUGUUCGCUGCGGAGAGGAAGGGAGUGUGGGAGAUGGUUGCUGCAAAGGGCGAGGAGUGGUUGAGAGGGUUGGGGAAGGGAGGGGCGUGGGAGGGGGAUAAGGGUGAGAUGAGGAUCAGUAACGCUGUUGAGAAGGGGAAGUGGUGGUUGGAAGGCAAGGGGAGGGGGGAGGAUGAGGUUGGGAAGGUUCAGUGGUAG